UAUUACAUAUAUUCAUUAUUACAAGAAAGGGUCAGGAUUCAAAUGACUCCGCAUUUUGGCACAUACACCUCUGUUUGUAACUUGAUUAUAAUGGUAGCUGUUUUAGAUUUAAACAACUGCAGCACUAUCUAAUGCAGUUUGAUUUAUAAUUCUCCAUGGCUGUAAUAGGUGAAAAAGUUCAAGUUGUUAGUUCUGUUGGCUAUCUGUCCAUUCUCAUAGUAUGGGGUGGUCCUCCAUGCUUUAGAAGUCCAUGGAGGUUCCCAUCUGAGGAGCGAGAGGGGGCAAGAACUAGGGUAGUCAGACUGCUAGUCAAGCCUCUGUAGCCUAUUUAAGCAUCUUGUUUGUCGUCCAUUUAAAUUUUAACCACACUGUCCCAGGCUGGUGAAGCUUGAAAACUUUUCAUGUAAGAAAAACUCUAGUAGGUUGCCAGGAUUCCUGGGUAGGGCAACAUGUAACAUCUGUCUCUGUAGUUCACUAGCUCUCACCAGUGGUUGAUAUUCUCUUCUGUCACCAAGCAUCAAAAAUUCUCCUUUGUAUAUAUUGAUGAUAGUCCAUUGGUCUGGAAUGUAGCCCCAUUUUUCUACUCUGAACACCUUCAAACAGAUGUAUUUGCUUAAGCACUUCUCCAGCUGGAAAUAAUAUUAAAAGCACUACUGGUAACCAGAUCACUGUUAGGAUAGGCUCCAGCUGGCCCCCUCUUGGCUCCAAAACAUUUAAAAUGUAUUUAAUGCAUUUAAAAUGUAAUUUUUGCCAUUAUGGAUCUGUAAACUGGCAGUGGGCAUGGCAGGAGUUUUGGAACAGGGCAGCAAAUAAAGACUGAACAAGUGCUUUGAAGAUAAUCUUUGAGAGAAAAGGACAAAACAAAGCAGAAGGACCUGAGAGGCUGUUUGCUCCAGCAUUAUUACUGAUGAGUGUGCAGUCUCCACUAUACUAGCAUACAGCUAAUGAUGAAGCCACUGGCAAUGUUUGGUGGCCUCUGACCCAAACUGUGGGCAUGUCUACACAAGAUGCUAUGUUAUGCUACUUUCAAAAGGAAGUACUAAAUGACAGCACAGUAACAGAGGCGCCAUAUGGCUACGUGUAGAUGUGCCCACAGUGAAGUAAACUGUACAGAUUUAUUAUACUUACUUCACACCUAUACAGCUACAAAUAACUUGCACAAUAUAUUCUGGCACGGGCAAGGAAAACAGGCACAUAUUUACCACCAGUAAGAAUAUAUGGGUGGUAUUGUACAUAGUAACAACUUCUGAGGACACAUACAUUUUAGCAUGUUUUUCUGCACUGUUUGUUUGUUCUGCACUUUAAUUAAACUCUCUUUUACCAGGUUUUCUCAGGGCAGGGUUUUAUUUCAUAAAGUCGUGGCAAAAGAGGAUAUGUGGUCUAUGGCAGUAAAGGUGGAGCCUGCUUUUCAGUGAGACCUGUUCUCAGCUGGAUUUCCUGUUGAAUUUUCAUUUUGUUUCCAUUAAAAUGUCAUCUGGCUAACAGUCCCAAUAAAUAUAAUUUAUUUCACAUGUGUUAUACUACCCUUUUGCUGAGAAAAAGAUCCCGAUCUUGGCCACUACUUGCAAAAAACUAUUAUUUUUUAAAUUCCUUCUUUGCUGGAUCACAUGACUCUGAUCUCAAAACAGAAAAAGUAAUGGAAAAAAUGUUUCUUUUCCUCUACUGCAUUUAGGAUGUGGUGUUUUUCCCGAGAGUCCAAGAGAAUGAUUGUUACCAUGCAUCCUGAGAAGCCUAACUUUUCCAUUACAUAUAAACAUUCCUAGUUAUAAAAUUAAACAGUUAUGGCUUUCAUACAAUUCAUAUUUGGAAAAGAUUUCACAAGUAAAACUAUGUAAAUAUGAUUUUGGCCAUUGUUAUUUAUAAUUUAGGGUUUUCACUGGAAUAAGUGAUGUGAUUAUUUCAAGCCUCUGAGCUUCUCUCAUCUUAUUUAUACAUUUAUCUCAUUCAUAUUCCUUACUUUCCUAUUGGCUAAAACAGCUAUAGCCAAUCAGAUGAUACUGAAGUUACAUAAGGCUCUAUCUGAAGACUAUAUAAAGCCUUUUUACACUGUAGCAAGGGGGAGAAUUCUAUCAAGAUGCAGGUCCACUGCACAAGGUACAUUCAUGCAUGAAGAGAUUUGUUUCAAGACACACAGAAAACUGAACCAGUGCUGAUAUAUUUACUAGCCAGUCCUUCCCAGCUGUCAACCUGAGUUGCCAGUAGCAGCUACUGAAAGUAGCUUUUGUGCACUAUGAAGAAUUUUUCAUUUUCUAUGCAAGAUAAUACAUAUCAGACUGAAAGUCCUUUUCCUCGCCGAUUCCUGAGCAUGACAAAUAAGUCAGAUCCAGUUGGAAGACCAGAAAGAGACGAGCAAUUAGCUCAGGUAGAGAUUGCGGUGUUGGGAGUAAUAUUUAUAACAGCAUCUGUGGGCAAUUUUAUUCUCAUUUUGGUACUGUGGAGAAGAAGAAAGAAGUUGUCUAGGAUGUAUGUUUUCAUGCUUCACCUGAGCAUAGCGGAUUUAGUGGUAGCAUUUUUUCAAGUCCUUCCCCAAUUAAUUUGGGAUAUCACAGAUGUUUUCAUAGGGCCAGAUGUCUUGUGCAGAACUAUCAAAUAUUUGCAGCUUGUGGGCAUGUUUGCUUCCACUUAUAUGAUAGUGGUCAUGACAGUGGACAGAUACCAAGCAGUAUGCUACCCUAUGGUCACUUUCCAAAAGAAAAGAGCUCUUUGGAAUGCUCCCAUUUGCACCAGCUGGUCUGUAUCACUGCUCUUUAGCCUUCCACAGGUAUUUAUCUUUUCUAAGACUGAAAUAUCUCCAGGCAUAUUUGAAUGUUGGGGCAAAUUCAUCCAACCCUGGGGCUCAAGGGCAUAUGUAACUUGGAUUUUUGUGGCUAUUUUCUUCAUUCCCACAGCUAUCCUUAUCAUAUGUCAGGUUAAAAUCUGCAAAAUAAUCCAUAAGAAUAUACAUGUGAAAAAACAGAAUGAGUUUGAAAUAACAAAUCAGAAGCAAACCCUGUCAUCUCGAACCAGCAGUAUUAACUGUAUUUCAAAGGCUAUGAUCAAGACUGUAAAAAUGACAGUGGUGACAGUGGUUGCAUAUGUUCUGUGUUGGGCACCUUUCUUCAUUGCACAGUUGUGGUCAGUGUGGUUCCCAAGUGGUGUUACUGAAGGUCCAGUAUUUACCAUUAUCAUGCUCCUUGGGAAUUUAAAUAGCUGUGCCAAUCCAUGGAUUUACAUGUAUUUUUGUGGCCACAUUCCAUAUUGUGCAAAUAAGCAGCUGGAAAACAUCUCAGCUCAAGAAGAAUCUGUGAUCACAGGAAUCAUUAAUCUGGGAGACAAGGAGCCUGAAGAAAACAUUACUUCUGCAUAAAUAGCCACUGCUUUUUGUCUUCCUGGUACAUUUGCUGCAUUCAAAUCUUAUGUCAAAAUCUUAUCACUGUACUUUGUCUUCUGGGUAAUAGAAUAAGCUGAAAAAUUGUAAAUGUCCUUCACUAUACAGAUAUAUUUUCUUAAAUGCUGUAACAUACUUACCCCUACAAAAAGUUCCAGUUUUGUGGAAGUCAGACUGAACAGUUAUAUUGAAGUGAAUACACAUAACUGUCAAUAAUAUGUAGACAUCUUUAUAUGAUUCAUUUAUUUUUCUCAUAUGAAUUGCUUUCCAUUCUCUAGGCUCUAGGCUGCUAGCUAGUACAUUUUUACAGUCGUGAUAUCAUUUGAAAGAAAUCAUAUAAUUAGGUUUGAAGGUGAGGGACUUAAAAUGAAGCAUGACUAGUUUAGAAUUCUAAUGACAUUAGGAAAAUAUUUGACAAAUCUUGAGAAGGAAACAAAAUUAGUGAAAUUUUUUGCCAGCUGUGACUUAUACCAAGUCUAAUUAAACACUUUGCAACAUGUAGAGACUCUGAGCAGUUUCAUAUCAUGCUUUCUCAGUGCAAUGCUCUUGCCACAUUGGACACUUAUUCAUAUAUCAUCUUAGGUCACAAGAGGUCAUUAUGGUCAUGUUCUAGUAUAAAAAGAAUUGUUAUACCUAUUUCCAUAGAUUGGAUCCAUUCAUGAAGAGCACAAACACAUGUUUACUACAACUGUACUCUGGCCAUAUUGCAUAAAUUACACAAUAUGUGAAUUUUAGCCACAUGGAAAUUUUACAUCAUUUUUUGGCAGAAUACAUUCAUACUUGUAUGGCCAUUUAGCACCCAUCUGCCUUUACUGAAAAUGUAUCCUGGAUGAGGAGCUUGAUAAAGCAUUCCUAAACCAUUUAGCACUCUGUGGGUCCUGCAGUUUAAGCUUCUUGUACUUGCAUGAUAGAAAUAAGACUGCAGUAUCUUUGCCUGUAACUGCUGAUUGUUUGCUGCUAUACUUAUACUAAUAGGUAUUCUUUCUCCUUUGGCUGUUACCAGUCUAUUCAAAAGAACAUAG